GACGAUGUGUAAACACCGGUUGGCGUCUCCAUUCUUCCAUCGGGUUGAUUCAAGGCUGGUCUCUUUUACUACGGUUGACAGACGCGUAUUAUCAUCAAGCUUGGGCUUUGGCAUGCAGGCGUGGUAAAGAUGAGAAAGCCGGGUAAGAGAAGCAGGGAGAGGCAUGCAUGUUUCUGUUCGAAUCACAAGGAUGAGAAGGACAAGUAUUUCUUCAAGGUUCUGGUCGGUGAUUUUCGUGAACGAUUGGCCAUACCUGAUAAAUUCGUGCAACGUAUCAGAGGGCUAAUAGCAAACAGUGUCAAGCUAGAAUCACGCUGUGGACACACUUUUGAUGUUGAAGUGGCUAACAGUUUGGGCAAACUACUACUCCAAACGGGAUGGAAGGAGUUUGUUACUGCCCAUGACUUGAGCAUGGGGGACUUCUUGGUUUUCAAGUACGACGGGACUUCUAGAUUGAAGGUUUUCAUAUUUGAUCUUAGUUGUUGCGAGAAAGUGCCGCAAUGCCGUGUCAAGAGAAAUCAUAUCUGUGGCAGAGAAACAAGGGAAAUGCAAACUGAAAUUUCAAGCAGUUGUGGAGAUCUUCCCAUGAAUGUCACCGCUAGUUCAUCGACCUCCCUAUCUGACUCAUCAGGAGAUUCUAUAUGUCCAGAAGACCAGAAAUCACAAUGUGUUCCAGGUUACAUCCUCCAACGGGGAACCUGUCUCACCUGUGUGCAGAUGAAGAAACUGAAAGAGAGAGUUCGAGCUAGUACUUCUACAAUCCCCAUCUACGGAUGCAUCAUAAAGAAGGGCAAUGUUCAAGGACGUUCUCAGACUAUGGUGAGCUUGGAAAUUUUGUUCUUGGAUUGAUAUUCUAUUGCAUUAUGCUUCAGUUUGAAAGUAUGUAGUUGAGAACAGGAAUUUCCAUGCUUUUUGAGGGAGCGAGCUACAACUUCAGAAACAGGGAUAGGGGAACUGAAGUACCAAUGGGAAUAGAACUGGACUUUUUACCAAUCACCAUCACCAUCUUUUUUCUACUAAGCCAUAGCCCAGCAAAUUCCUUA